AUGGACGAAGAAGCUAUUGCCCAGGCUCAGGCCGAUCAAUUAGCGGCGUUUAGGCGUCAAUUCGACGACGACUUCAUCAGCAAAUUUCUCGCACAGGACGAUGAAAUGCCAGAUAUCGAGGCACAGACAAACGCAGCGCAAAGAGAAGACGCGCCGUCACAAGUUGCUGCGAAUCCCCCGAGUCAUCUCGAAGGAACUGGUGCCAACUCUCACGUUUCUUUGCAUGGAGCGCGCCCGCCAGCCGGUCCUGCAAAACCCACCAUUAAAACCCGUGUCCACGCCCGAGGAAACGGAGUGAGCCUACAGCUCACUACUCAGGUGCGCGAUCUGUUCCGGGAAGAGCCAGGACCUAGAGCGCGCUCGCCAACUGCUCCAGUUCCAUCAAAACUGAUCUCGAACACCCGUCGAGGAAGUGGCACGAAUCCGGCCCUUUCUUCUACUACUACGCGCAAAACAUCCCAGCUCUCAGGAAACAGAGCGCUGGCGCCAUUGGCUCCAGAUCCCAAUCCUAUCUCCAAGCCCCGUGCCUCUGCUCAAGCGAAUGGAGCGGCACCCUAUGUCAUGAGGAGAGAGAUCUUCUCCCAAGCUUCCCGAGGAAAUGGAUUGCGGCCUUCCCCUACUUUUCCAAUGACCUCGAAUUCACACUCGUACCCCCAAGAAGAUGACGAAGACCUCUCUAGCAUGAGAUUAGACGUCCUUGUCGCAGGGCAGCGAAAUGGGGCUAUGCCUUCACUUGCUACGAAACCGACUUCGAAGCCUCGGAAGUCUCCUGAUAAGACGUUGAAAAGAAGCGCGGUCUCUGGUGAACUACCUGAUGAAGACACAAUCACGGUCACAGGACCAGUUCCGGGCGGCAAGAGGCCCAGAAAGGCACCAGCGAAGCCUAAAACGCGUCCUUCGAAGAAUAAGGCGAGGAGAGGAAGAGGGAAGCGCACGAGUAUGGCCCGCAAAAUAUACAGUGACAGCGAAUUUGACGGGGAUGAGUUUGCUCCAACUUUUGGUUCUCAAGCCAUGGCACGACCUGCUCGGGCUAUUAGCAAUCAUAUGAACUUCAACGAUUUCCUGGAGAUGGACGAAGGCAAUGGGCGAAAGAAAUUUGUCAUCGGGCUAGAUUACGGCACAACAUUCACUUCUGUCUCUUACUACACAUGUCCUGAAAACGAGGACAAUCCACAAGCUUUGCCCUCUGAUAUCAAAAAUAUUGUCAACUGGCCCGACGAUGGAAUGAGUGGAAUGCGUCGUCAAGUCCCCACGGAAUGCUGGUAUUCAACGAUACCUAAGACCAGAAUCUUGCCACCGGAUCAAUACGAAAUCGGCGAGUGGGAUGACAAACCUGGCGUUGUGGGACCUGCUACUAGGCCUGUGCCAAGACAUCUAGACGGUGACGCCAACCUCUACAACUCCGACGAAGAGGAUGACGAAGACUUCUCAAAGUUCCUUUGGGGAUAUGAAGUACCGUAUCAUAAGUAUGAAGAAAAUGCAGCUCGGCCUCGCGACGAGAUCAGAUGCAUCGAGCGGCCAAAAUUGAUGCUCGUUGACACGGCCCAUACGCAAGAAGAUCGAGAUCGUCUUAGACCCAAACUUGAUCAUCUCAUAUCGCAAGGUCUCAUUCAGAAAUAUGGAAAACGAUACUCUCCCAACGAGCGAGACGUGCAAGACACCAUAUCAGACUUCUUGAUCGAGGUCUUCCAACACACAAAGAAGCAAUUAAUGGAGACCGAGGGUCUCACUGAGGAAUGCCAAGUAUCCUUCGUGAUGACGGUCCCGGCGAUAUGGUCACCCAGGUCGUCACGAAUCCUUCAAUAUGCCAUGGAAGCUGCUAUUAGGACUACUGGACUCGGAACUUUGGGUUAUGGCAGCGUCGACAACCUAUUCAUUAUCACAGAGCCCGAAGCUGCGGCUACUUAUCUUCUCAGAAAAUCCCAUGAAAUGAUUGCUGGAGAGACGUUUGUUGUUCUUGAUUGCGGUGGCGGAACAGUCGAUGCGGUCUCAUACACGGCAACUGACAGCUACCCACUGCGGCUGAAAGCAGAAGUGGGAAAACCUACUGGAGACAAUUGUGGCGCCAGUUAUCUCAAUGUCAACUUUGAGAAACAUAUAUUAGGGCGACUUGCCGGCGAGGACUACCUGGAUAGGAAGACGAUCGACCGCAAGUCUUUAGUCCGGGCUCUAGUCCCCAAUUUUGACGUGCAAGAGCUGGAGUUUGCUAAAUUCUUGUCCUUUCGUGUAGAGAAUCACUUGAAGCGAAGAAUCGAUAUUUCUAGUAACAAGUCCAGCAGGCUCAGGAUACCUGGGCUUAUGAAAAAUGUGUCAUCGGCCGGCGGAAAAAGAAAUCUGGAAAAUGAUUUCCUGAAGAUAGAUUCUGACGACUACAAAGCGAUUUUCCUGCCACUGCUUCGUCGUGUAGCGGCAGUCCUCCGAGAUCAGAUAGAAAUGGUUAUGACCAAAAGGAAAGUAGUCAAAAAGGUCUUCCUCAUUGGUGGUUUUGGAGCCGCCCCUUCCCUUAGGACUUUCAUCGGGAAGUUUCUGGAGGACUUCCAAAAAGAAUUCAAUUUACCCUACGAGAUUCGACUGGUCACGACCAACGAUCAAGAAAGCGUGACUGCCGUGGCAUCUGGAGCUGUCCUACGUGCCUUGAACAAGCAACAAGGCCCUACCAGAGAGGCAAACUCAUCUUUUGGCUUUCUGCGUAUCGAACCCUAUAACCCUAAGUAUCUCGUGGGUCAUCGACGUGCCAAAGCUGAAAGGGAUGAGGUGGACGGUGAAGAUUAUGUAACGGUUAUUGAUUAUUUUAUAGUCAAAGGGACCGUGAUUCCUUCUAUGCAUAUAUUCACCCCGUACACAACAUACCAUACCUUCGAGGUCGAUGAGCCCCUCUUCCUGUGCGAGGAAGUGCUGUAUGUCUCCGACAUCGCCACCGAGUCUCACUACGCCCUGACCGAUCCCAGAAAUAAAGAUGCCCAAGUCGCGGGCAAGAUCGUCGUCGACAUGACCUUCCUGCGAGACGAGGGUAGAAUCCAGCCAAUACUUCCACCACCCGGCCCCCACGGCGUAGCUCACUAUAAGGUGGAGUAUGACCUUGUUGCGGUGGUCGAGGGUAGGAACCUGCGGUACGAAGCUCGCUACCCUUCAAAUUCCGGCAAAGUGCGGGGGACGGGCCAGGUUAGCAUUGCUGCAGCUUUUCAACCUGGAACCGGGUGA